ACUAUUACUAUUACUAUAUAACUACACAUAUAUUAGUACGCAUAGAUACAUCUCAGUGUAUGGCGGUAACUGAUAUGAAACAGUAAACAUUGAAUCGGCUCAGUCGAGGUGACCUCUCCGAAACGUGCCCAUCAAUUGAGAUAUUUAUCAAAAGUUACAAUGAAACUUUCAAAUCUACGCAAUAUCUUCGAUGUAGUGAAAAUUUGUCAUUCAACAAGACAAGUCGGGUUUGUUGCGUGUGCAAGAGUAAGCAGUUGCAGUGCCCGCUGUGUACAACCCAGAAAUUGCUGACGCUCGAAGAUAAAUCAUUGUUUUGUCAUACAGUGAUCGCUCAUGCAUUGUACUCUUUGCAAUCGAUAAAGGCACCUGCAAGUGGUCGAUAUCCUCGGCAUCGGCACUCUCUGGUUUCGGACCAACGAUAGACGGAAACCGCAUCCCUCUGGAGCUGCAACGCGGUUUUCUCUUCUUCUCAGAGGAAGCUCCGGAUAGCUCCAGAUAGCUCAAAAUAGCUCCAGAUAGUUAUGGAUUCCAGCGUGAAUGAUGCGACUAUGACCAUGGAGCUGACGGGUUCCGUCAAGUUGAAGUUAGUGCUUAAUUUUCCAGAGAGGCGACCCGAUGCUUUCACGAAUGCACGAUCCCUGGGUGAAAACAGGUCCACCUCGAAAUACGAUACGUGCAGUGACAACAGUAUCUCUGCUAUGACGAUAUCCGGGAAACAAGUGUUACAGGGACGUGCAUCAGGCAUGUUCUUCUCGGAGUUUGUUACUUCGCUCUCGCAGGAACUUAGAAACAGUGACACUCCGGAUAGAUCACCGCGGAAUCCGCUUCCGGAGCGACCUCGCGGGAAGAUCAAGGCUCGGGACCCGAUACAUAAAUUACAAUCUCACAAAUCUACGCAAACUGAAUAAUGCCGAAAAAAUUGCUUUCCAUCAUGACUAAUACUAAUUUGUUAUUUUGUUCUACAUUAUAUCUAUCUAUUUUGUUCUAAAUUAUUUUGUGUAAUGUUAUGUAUUAAAAGAGAGAGAGAGUACUGUAUUUUAAACGAUCUAGUAUAUUUACGCAGUCGAUGAUCAUGCAUAAAUGAUAAUCGCGAAACAAAUAACAGAACUGUGAUCGAAUAAAUAAAUGUCGCAUCACGUA